GGCGAAUUGUUAAUAAUAUUCUAUAUAGCCUUUAGGCAUGUUGUGAUCGACUUAGUUCUAAAGACGGAUAUUUUUUUUUAUGAAGUGCUAACUUACUGCGUGAAUAUUAAACACAGCAACACCUAUCAAAUUAAAGAUGGGUCGUUUGAAGAUCUUGAUAGCUUUUCUUCAAGCGUUUUUGACAUUUGUUCGUGUUCAAGCGCAACCAGCGAUACUUACAACGCAUGGGCGUGUGGAGGGAUUCCGACAGACUGUGAUGGACAUUGACGUGGAUACAUAUUAUGGAAUACCGUUCGCUCUGCCGCCUGUCGGAGAUCUACGAUUUCAACCUCCUGUCGAUGUCAGACCCUGGAACGAUACACGCAAUGCCACAACGAGGCAUAACUCCUGUCACGCCGUCAUAGACACGGCAUUCGGACGUCGAAAGGGUGUGGAAAUGUGGAACCCUAAUACACCCAUGAGCGAGGACUGUCUGUAUCUCAACGUGUGGAUGCCUCGCGGGGUUUCCUUAUCGACCAAUAAACCAAUGGCAACCAUGGUUUGGAUUUUUGGCGGCGGUUUCUGGGCCGGCACUCCGACACUGGAUGUCUACGAUGCGAAAUAUCUAGCCGCCUUUAACGAUGUGAUCGUAGUCUCGAUCAAUUAUAGAACUGGACCUUUGGGAUUUUUAUAUCUAGGCACGCAAGAUAUACCUGGAAACAUGGGGCUACUCGAUCAACAACUAGCACUGCGUUGGGUUUUCCAAAAUGUAGAAAAUUUCGGAGGAGAUAAAAGUAUGAUAACAUUAUUUGGUGAGAGCGCGGGAGCUGCAAGUAUAGGCCUUCAUUUAUUUAGUCCUGGGUCUAAAGAUUAUUUCAGUCGUAUUAUUUUACAAAGUGGAUCUCCUUUGGCGGAUUGGGUUUUGAUGCCAAACAACGAAGCCGAGGAAAGGGCCCGGAUGUUUUCUAGUAGCGUCGGUUGCGAUGUCACUGACAAAGUAGCAGCGUUUAACUGUUUACUGACAAAAGACGCAUCAGUUUUGACUGAAGGACAGUGGAAUGUUGUGGAAGGUGGUUUACUAGAUGUUCCGUUUCCCCCCGUGGUGGAUCGAGAGUUUCUCAUGGACGAACCUCGCAAGCUACUUGCUACUGGUGACUACAAGCAGACAGACGUAUUGAUGGGGGUGGUGAAAGAUGAAGGUUCAUAUUGGCUUUUGUACGGAUUACAACAAUAUUUUGGUUUGGAAAACAACACAACUUUAACUCGUUCUGAUUUUAUGACGUGUUUGAAUACGUUGCUCUUCGGAAUGGGCGAGAAAGUGAAAGAGGGUGUUGCUUCUUUUUAUGUGGAUGGUGUACCACCAGUGCUUAGAGACUCAUAUCGCGAUAUCUUAGACGAUAUAUCGGGGGAUAACGUAUUUAAAUGUCCCGUCAUAGAAUUUGGAAAUAUCAUUUCUAACCGUAGUAAUGUUUAUCUGUUUACGUUUAAUGAAAGGGUGGAUUCAUUGCCGUGGCCGGAAUGGAUGGGAGUACCUCACGGAUAUGAAAUAGAAGUAGUCUUCGGUCAUCCACUAAACCCUGCGUUGCAGUAUACUCCUUCGGAAAUUGAACUGAGUAAAAAAACGAUGAAAUAUUGGACAAAUUUUGCAAAAACGGGAGAUCCAAACGGGUUAAACCUGGCUGUAUGGCCGAGAUAUAAUGUCACAUCCCAGGAUUACGUUAUUCUCGACUCCAGCACGACUAACUACAUACAGCACGGUCUGCGCACUUCACGGUGUUCCUUUUGGUCUUCCAUAGUUCCAUUAAUACAGAAUACAGAUGACAAAACGACGAAACCACCGGAAGUCUGUACCAAUGGAACGUCUGCUUAUUAUAGUAUUGCAUGUAUAUCUUUAAUUACCAUUUUUACAUUGUACAUAGGAUUUUAACAUUUAAUUAUCAGUUAAAUUUUGGUUUAGAAAAUAAACAGGGUUCGUCCGGGAAAGUCAAAAAUUUAAUUGCAUAAUUCCAUGUUAAUUACACCACCGUCCCAAAUAAAUGUGAAAUAAUAUCAAGCGUUUUAGAAGUGAUAUCAGAUCAGGCGUUUUCAAUGAGGUAUCAUGUGUUCUAUAAGUAAUAUUAGGUAAUAUAUAAGCGGUAUAAUAUGAUAUACAGCGUUUUAGAAGUGGUAUCAGAUGUUUUCGAAGUGGUAUCAGAUGUUCUCGAAGUAAUAUUAACUAAUAUAGUAGUGGCAUCAGUGAUGUUAGGUAAUAUAUAAGCCGUAUAAUAUGUUAUCGAACUGGUAUCAAGUGUCCGUGAGUGAUAUCAAGGGUUCUAUAGGUGGUAUCAUGUGUUCUAUAGGUGUUUUCAUGUGUUCUAUGGGUGGUAUCGGGUGUUCUAGAAGAGGUAUCAUGUGUUCUAUAAGUGGUAUCAGAUAUUCUAUAUGUGGUAUUAUGUGUUUUAGAUAUGGUAAGCACACACAGUCUCUUGCCUCACAAGCUAUAAUAUUUAUGAUUAAAAAAUGGAAUGAAGCAUGCAAUAUUUUUUAUGACAGAAUCAACAUAUAUAUAUUAUUAUAAUUUAGCAUGUAUAAUUUGAAUUUCGUGGGUUUAAUUUUAAAGCGGCGAUUGUUCGUACUUGGUUUUUUUUAUUUAUUCCAUAAAUAAAGAUUUAAUUUUAUUCUAUUUUAAAAUAAAUAUACAUGAUUAUAGAUGGUUGUAGUUCAAAAUAACAUAAAUAUACAUAAAAAUGGUUGUAUUUUAUCAUCAAUAGAGAUUGAAGCUGAUAUGGUUCUAUAGAUAUAGA